GUCACAUUGAGUUUGCCAUUGUGUCUGUUCAAUCGCCGGCAAAUCCGCUGAUUUUUGUCUUUGUUGUCAUGUUCAAUUUAAUGUACUGGCUGGUAGUCUUUAGCGCUCGUAGCUGUUCAGGAUCACGCUGUUUCCCACUUGGUCAGAGUUUGCUGAUGGCUGCCAAAUCAUGUGUGCCAGUACUCCGUAUUAGAAGACUUAUAAGCUUGUUCUUGGCUGUUGACAAUCGGGAUUCCCAAAUGUAUGACAAGAGCGACAUCGACAGCCAAAAAUGUGACUUUUUUGUUCCCCCCGUUAAGAACCAUAGGUUUUCUUGAAGCUUGCGGUAAGAAGUAUGGUUGACCGGCUUGACAUCGCAGUCGUGUGAAAUUGCAUUAUAGUCGUGUUGGAGGCGUAUGGCGGCAGUGAUCCGAUGCUACAUUACCAUGAGAUGUCAGGCCGGGCGAAGGUGAGUCCGGGACAUGUGUGGAUGAAGUUCUUCGAAAUCUGUGAGACGGCGACACUGGAGUCUUGGACAUGAAAAUGCGAGAGCAUAGGUAGGAAGGAGCCAAGUUGGUUCUGGGCAGCGCUUAUCGCGUGACGCUUUCCACUUUUGAACACCUCAUCUUGCAGCUUUGCUCUGCCAGCUCAUUUAGGAAGCCACCUCACUCCUGCUACUUUCCAAAUCCUCGAACCAUCGGGCGCCACUGCGUUGUCUAGC